AUGUAUGGAGGUGGAGGUACACUGAAGACCAGACCACAGGCUCACAGCAGCUCUCAAUUCAGUUUGCGUGGAGUUGUGAUGAGGAGUGGUGUGGCGUUCUCGUCUCCUGAUCGAUACAAGGUGGCUCCCCGCAGCGCGCUGGAGCUUCCACUGAUGGCGGGCAAGAAGCCGGAGCCCACGCGAGGCGUGGCGUGGUGCAAGACUAUGCUGCUCACCUUCAACUGUCUCUUUCUGGUGGUGGGCCUGGUCGUGCUCGGUAUCGGUGUGUUCGCGGCCGUCGAGCUCGACAAAUACGUGCGCAUGUCACCAGACUUCGCCGCCACGGCGCCCUACAUCGGCAUCGGCGUUGGCUCUCUCAUGUGUCUGCUGGCGCUGCUCGCUUGCUGCUGUGCUGCCAAAGAGCAGCCAAUCCUACUCAUCGUCUACGCGGCCUUUGUGUUGGCGGACUUGGUGACACUCGUGUCAGCGGGAGUGUCUGGCUGGACUUUCAGGAUGCGGGUGCUGGCGAGCUACGAGGAGGGCUUGGCCAGGGCCUUCACUGACUACGGCCGAACUGUGGACAUCACCAGAGCCGUCGACAACCUACAGAGCUCGCUGGGAUGCUGUGGCAUUUACAACGCUAGUGAUUGGGUGGCGAUGCCCUUCGGACAACGAAACGAUCCUCCCUUUCCAGCAUCCUGCUGCAGCCAGCGUCACAACUCUAUUUGCGUCCUGUACAAUAGGGGCUGUUACCUCACAGUAGUGAAAUUCCUGCAAGAUAAGAAAUUCCCUUUCUUCAUCACGGGGAUGGUAUUCAUUGCCGUCAUGGUGGUCGGGGUGAUGAUUGCGAUGUGUCUCUCUAAGUGCAUCACGUCGGCCAAAGCCAAGUAUCUAUGAGGGCACGCCCAACUCGAUCCGCCAAGACCAAGACCUCCUCAAUCAACAGCCACUGCCAUCCGACCCACCCACACCGCACCACCGAAGAAACCCAUCAGCCCCAUUCCUGUACGAUCAGCAAAUGCAUCUUGGUCCGGAACCGAUCCGCGUCCCACUCGCCCAGCUCAGACAACUCGGUCAG